AUGGAAGAACUCAGGCAGAGGUCAAUAGAACUGGAGCUGAAGUUGAAUUCUGAACAGUUACAGCUGAUCUCAGUUCUAGCAACUCAUAAAUAUUAUUAUAAACUCUUAUCCAGGCCCAGAGGCUCAAUUCUGAGUCUACCAAUUCACAUUAUCACCCGAAAGAUUUGUUGUCCCAUGCGUUGGAUUCCACUAUACAGAAAACAUGAGGACUUGUUAAAGCGACAUCAGGAGCUGGAACUGAAAUCCAAAGCUGAUAUCAAAGUUCUUGUGAAAGAAGUUAAAAAUUUAAGAAGCUCACAUGCAGAACUGACUGAACAACUCAAUCAGUCAGUUGCAGAAAAAUCGAAAGCAGAGGAACAACUAAGAGAAGAAAGAGUGAAAAACGAGCAAACAAGAACAUCGUGGAGAGAGUUUCUGGAUAAAUUCAGGACUCUUCACGAGCAGCUUCAGGAGUGCCAUAUCAAUUAUCUCAAUCUGACAGAAGGAGAUGACAUGUUAAAAACUAUUUCAUCUUUCUCCGAACCCAUUGACAUUGUAGCCACAUCCGACAAUCAGAUAGGCCUUCUCAUUUCCAAGGUUCAGUUGCUGGCCCAGGAAUGUGAUGAUUCAGCCUCAACCAAUGAUACAGUUGACGAGUUGCACAAUGGAACAAGUUCUUUAGAUGAGGAGUUGAGGAAGAUGUUAAUGAGCGUCUUAGUUGAUAAUGGUGUGUUGAGAAAACAGGUGAAUUCGUUGAUAGUGUCAGCCGAACAAAUGACACAG